CUGAGCCGUCCGCGGGGAAGGUUGUGUGUCGUUGGGAGCUCUCGCUGCCUCAGCCUCCUCAGUCUUGGUGCCAAGGUGUUGAAAAUACAAUUAAGACGGAACCUACACUUAAGGCUGAAGACACCGCAAACUAUCGAGCUUAAACAAGUGAUUAGUACCUAAGAGGCUAACAAGGCCAUUAGCGGAUUGUUAAAUAAUCCCUGUACCAGACUGUUGCUAAAACACAUUAGUAAGAUUUAGAAGGAUAAUUGAUGUUAAUUAACAGGUUAAUUAACAUGAAGGAUGUUAAUUGAUGUUAAUUAACACGUUAAUUAAUAUCCUCUCACCUAUCAUCCUUCCUUCCGUUAUAUGAGGAUGUUUGAUAUCUUACUGAGGAUGUUUGAUAUCUAACUGAAGAUGUUGAUAUCUAACUGAAGAUGUUGAUAUCAUGUCGAGGAGGCUUCGUGGAGAUCUCGGACGGGAGAAGAGUGACCGAGACGACCGCUGACGGACUCAACUCCCUCAGAAUUUGCGGCGAAGAUGAGCGACUACAUCCACCAGUCGUCCUCUACAGCGACACCAGCACGGCCACCAUCUCCUUCCGCGUGAGUGAGAAGUGGGGCAGCCCACGGUUCAUCGCCUACUACAGCUUCCCGCGCAUUACUGACCCCGUCACCGGCAUCAAGCACAGAGGAGGCACCAGGAUGGAGUACACAGCCUGCGACUGGGUGUACCAGGACGUGCACUGCACCAGGAGAGGUGACUGCGAGAUCACGUCACCAGGUUUCCCAGGAAUGUAUCCGGCCCACGUCCGCUGCCGCUACCUGGUGGUCAUGUCUAGUCCGGAUACAGCAGGAAAUGUCACCUUUCUCACCAUGGAUCUUCACCCACAGCGCUGCUCCACCGACUACGUCGCUAUCUACGCAGGAACCUCCACCUCCUCCCCCCUCAUCGCCUCCCUCUGCGCCUCCGACAAGAGGACCAUCUCAUUUUCGGGUCCAAACGUUCUACUGGAUUUCAGUUCUGGACCUCGCAGCCCGCCAUACAAGUACAGCGGCUUCCACGCCGCCGUGGACUUCACGGGAGUGGUUGGGCUUCCUCAUCCGGAACCCCUCUCGCCCACCGCCCCCCCUGUCUCCCAUACACUCAGCGACCCGACAGGGCACACGGUGGGGACAGAAUGCCAGCGGGUGUACUGGAGCAACCAAACAAGGGACGGCAUUUUCGACACCUCAGCCCUGUGCCCUGGCAGUCAGCGGUGCUGUGUUCGCUUCAUCGGUAAUCCGGACGAGGUCAUUCAGAUCUCUCUCUUCAAGUACAAAUUAGGGGGCAGAUCGUGUUCCUCAGAGGCUUCCAUAUACGACGGACUAAACAGAGAAGGACGGGACAACCUCCUGCGGAAGCUGUGCGGCCCGGUGUCCCGGGAACCGCGGGGCAACUCUGGCAGGUUCCUGCAGCAGGUCUUCUUCCUCUCCUCCUCCAACACCAUGGAGGUCGAACUCAAGCUGGCGCCGGGCACUAAUUUCCUCAACCAGUUCCUGGUCGGUGGAUACUACUUCCAUAACUCACGCGUAGAGGGCACCAAGAAGCCGACCAGCGUCUGUGACGUGAUGUUCUAUGGGGCCGCCAGCCCCAGACACGGCUACGUCACCCACCCCUCCACUACCCUCCUCUGGAACGUGGAGGGUCAACUUAACUGUAGCUACUUGUUCGUUCCUACGGCCUCCCAGUCGCUCUCACUCACGGUACGGGAGGUGAGUCUGAGUGCCACAGAGGGCCACUGCUCGACCCAGUGUGGGGAGGAAGGAUGCCAGUGCCACCCAACCACGGUGCCUCUGCAGCACGUCGAUCACCUUCUCUUUGUCCACACUCAGACCCACAAGAUUAUCUCCUGCCACUGUGGCCCCAUCAAGGAGGUGCAGGAGAUGACGGUGGACACCGCAGGGGGAGUGGACAUCAUCUACCACGUCUCCCACUUCACCUGGGCUUCUCAGGGCUUCAACUUCUCCCUCGAGUACGCCUUCCUCCCAGCCACCAUCUGCGGACCCACCUACCACAAGACACCCACAGGAGAGUUGGGGCCCAAGAGCUACACGGCGCCAAUCACCACCUACUUGUUCGUUACUUGUAAUUGGGUCAUCAACUGCCAGCCUGGUUCUGCCCUCGCUAUCACCGUCACCCCGCCCAAACACGGAAACUGCAACUCCUGGAAUCUGACCCUUGAGACGACGGAACGGGACUCCAAGAGGGUGCUGGGGACAGCUUGUGCGUCUCAAGACACCCUCCUCUUCCACGUCCCCGUCAACCACCUGUCUGCGUUAAUCACGCUGGAGAUGCGUGGUCCGGGUCGCCCUGACUGGCUUGUGGCUUGGAACACCCACUGGCCCCAACACACGCCUCCCACCACCUCCGUCUCCCCCAAGCCUGAGCACUCCAGGACCGUCAACGCCCUCCCCACUAGGAAGACGUUUAGAGUGAGCUCCGGCGUACGGUCAGCGAGAGUGAGGGAGAGAGCGAAGUGCCGACGCGGCCGCGUGGUGUUGACGAUAGUGGUGGCGACGGUGUUGGCGCUGAGAGGCCUCUCCAACACCCUCUGACUCCCUCUCCAUCACCGACGACGCGGCAGCGGUAGCCGCAGUGGCUGCCGCAGCGGUGGCCGCAGCGGCAGCCUCUCCACGACUCUUGCUCAAGACAAGACUCUUGCUCAAGACUCUUGCCCACACAUCAGCCGGGCGACUUCGCGCGGGCGCUCUUUCCGUCCCAAGUCCAACCUCACUUGGACUUGCUAGCUAUGGUGCUGCCCCGGAGCAACUGGACUUGCCCCUCUUUGGCCUUGUACACACACACUCUAUACAGGGUAUCAAUAAACACACAUACCCAAACACACACAUUAGGGGUUUAUCGAUUAUUCUGUCUCGCGACGGCUACAAUAGUCGAGUUGAACACAGUGGCUUCCAUAGCCAGGAUAAUGGCAGGAGUGGCGUAUAUAUAUAUAAAUAUAUAGGCCUACGGUGGCUCUCAGGGCAUAUAGAUUUAGGCGUUUUUUGAUACAAAAUAUAUUAAAUAAAAUUGUCUGGGCAGGUGGGUAGUUGGAUUGGGUUUCUUCUCACCAAUCACCAGUAUUUUUGUACAAGUGUGCGUGUGUGUGAUUCUUUUUACGGGUUAUUCAUGCCCGUGCCACCUCUUAGGUGGCUCAAUCUUUAUCAAUCAAUCUGUGACUCUUCCCUUGUUUGGGUGUGUGGUUGCGUGUGGUAUUGGACUCUCGGUCGGGGGUACAUAAGGGUCAUUCCCACACUGCUCAAGGGAUUGGGGUGGGAAGCUGUUGUUGUUGUUUAAGAUUCGCUACUCAGAACAAUAAGUUCCAGUAGCACGGGCUAUGGUGAGCCCGUAAGGGUGGGAAGCAAAACAAAGCUGUAUAUGUAUGGGGUUAGGAGGGGUGUGUGGGGGGGGAUGGAGGUGGUGCAGCGGCAGGUGUGUGGUGUAGGUGUGUGGUGGUGCAGGUGUGGGUGCAGCAGGGGUAGAUACAGGUGUAAGUGCAGUGGUUUUAAGUUUGAAGGAUCUAAAUAAGGUGAUCACAAUAGAUCUUGCACUCAAGGGCCACACUCAAAAUCCACCAUCACGUUCUCCCAUAUCACUCCCACAUCACUCCCACAUCACUCCCACAUCACUCCCACAUCACUCCCACAUCACGCCCAC